AUGAGCUGCCCAACACGCUGCUCCCAGCACAUGAACUGUGCUGAAAACGAGCCUGAUCGUUCAGUGCAACUUCCACAGCGCUCUAUUGUGCAUCUUCUUAAUAAGUGGGAAGGACCUACAUCAAGAAUUAACUUUUGCUUCUGUUGCCAUAAACUUKUUAAAGGAAUUCCUUUAAGAGUUAACUGCAAUCACUCUGAUGAGAACAAUGUAAACUGCUGCCUAGCCCUGACCUCAAAAUCACAGUGGAAGGAAACUCAAAUUCUCAAGAUGGGAUUUCCCAUUCCAAGCCACUUCAGGAACAGCCUCAUGAACUGCCACAAUAAUGCCAGAAGUCUUCCAAAAACCAUUUUCCAACAGCUCCCUCGCAAGGCACAGGUAACAAAGAGACAAAUCACUUUGGCAGUGCUGGAGGGCGAGGUACCCGAGGGACACGGAGCCCGCACGCAGCCCCGAGCGCURCAGCAGCACCAGCUCCACUGUCGUGCUCCGAGCCGGCGCCCCGACCAGCUGCUCGCCAUGAGGACGCUGCUCGCAAAGUCAGCACAAGGACCAGCCCACAAGGCAAACAGSACUCGUGACAAGACGCUGCUGCCGCCGCUGGACGACGAGGUCGAGGCGAGCGUGGGGCCGCUGCUGCGCCGCGCGCGCGCGCUGCUCUACGGCGCGGCCGGCGCCCCGCGGGAGCCGGAGCUGGCGGCGCUGGGGCGCCUCGGCCACGUCCUGCGCGACUACGCUUGGGAGCAGCUGAACGCGGCGCCCUGGCGCGAGGUGCCCAAGCGCUGGCGGCAGCUCUACACCUACGGCUGCCUGUUCGCGGCGCUGGCGGCGGCGGCGGGCGGCGGCCCCGUGGCGCCCGCCCUGCGCCUCUGCGACCUGGGGCUGCUCAUGGGCGCCGCUGUCCUCGACAACGUCCUGGCGCGGCUGGUGCGCGUCCUGCAGGCCCGGCUGCCCCGCGGCCCUCCCGCCGCCCCGAGCCAGGCGCUCCGGGCUGCCCCCCCGGCUCCCGUUAUCCAGGCGGCAGACGCGGUGCCCUGCGUGCGCUGCCCUUCGCUGGAGCACUUCCGAGACCACUACCUAAUCCCGCAGAAGCCGGUUGUCCUCGAAGGGGUCAUUGACCACUGGCCGUGCAUGACCAAAUGGAGUGUGGACUAUCUUGGUCAGAUUGCGGGGUGUCGUACAGUUCCAGUAGAAUUGGGUUCCCGAUAUACAGAUGAGGAAUGGUCGCAGAAGCUCAUGACUGUCAAUGACUUCAUCGACCAGUAUAUAAUGAACAAGAACAGCGUAGGAUACCUUGCCCAGCACCAACUUUUUGAUCAGAUACCAGAACUGAAGGARGAUAUCAGUAUCCCUGAUUACUGCUGCCUGGGAGAAGGGGAAGAGGACAACAUCACCAUUAAUGCUUGGUUUGGCCCAGAAGGCACCAUCUCACCGCUACAUCAGGAUCCCCAGCAAAAUUUCUUAGCCCAGGUAUUUGGAAGAAAAUAUAUCUGUCUGUAUUCAACGCAAGAUUCGGAGAACCUAUAUCCACAUGAAAGCCAACUUCUUCACAACACUAGUCAGGUCGAUGUGGAGAAUCCUGACUUAAUAAAGUUUCCCAACUUUAGAAACGCUUCAUCUCAAUCUUGUAUUCUAAUGCCUGGACAGGUUUUGUUUAUUCCAGUUAAAUACUGGCACUAUGUACGAUCUCUUGAUAUCAGCUUCUCUGUAAGUUUCUGGUGGUCAUAACUGAGAAGCAUGCCUAACGCUUCUUAGAACUUUAAUAGCAAUUAGAAAGAGGAAAAGGUAACUUUUGACAUGCUACAGAAGACAAUUAUUUUUAAACAUGAGAAAUCUCCAUCCGGAGUCCAGUUCAGGGCUGGAUUAAAAAGAAAUAAUUUCUGCUUCAGCAGAAUGAAAGAAUCUGGACAACUACAUGGAAAUAUGUUGCUACAGAUACUUUAUUUUUGUAAAUGUUUCCAAUAUAAACUCCUUGUAAAGAACAUCUGCCAGCUCACUGUCUUGUAUGUGUGUGUAAAUCCAAAGCAGUUCUAUA